GCUAAGAAGAUGCGUGAAGCUUUAAAUGGCCUUAUUGAGCAGAUCUAGGUUGAAAACAACAUACAACAAGCAAAUCGAAGCUUGGAUGAUUAUCAAGGCAUGGUAAACAUCAUUCAGGUUCAAGAGAAGCUUAGUUGAGGUUUCAAUCAUGUCAAGUGGUGAUGACAAAUCAACCACUAGAAGCCACCAUGUGGAUGAAUCCUUCAUGCUCAACGCAAUGCAACAACAAUUUCAGAGGUUGGACAUCAUGUUUGGUGAGAUUAAAGACAAAAUGGAGAAGCAAGAUGCAGCGAUAGCCAAGUUAUACCAAACACAGAAUGGAAGUCCGAAUUUGUGUAGCAUCAAGAUGAAGAUUCCUCCAUUUCAAGGCAAGAAUGAUCCAUAUGUGUAUUUGGAGUGGGAAAAGAAGGUGGAAUUGGUGUUUGAUUGCCAUAACUAUUCUAAGGAGAAAAAGGUGAAACUAGCAGCGGUGGAAUUUACUGAUUAUGCUGUGGGCCUUACUCAAGGGUGCAAAAGCGUUGAGGAUUAUCACAAAGAGAUGGAAAUCGCAAUUGUUAAAGCGAAUCAUUAUGUGGAAUUGGAAGAUAUGGUGCAUAUGGCAAUGAAAGUAGAACGGCAACUCAAGCGUAAAGGAGCCACCACCAAAAUUUGGCAAAAUUCAGGGCAUAUUGCAUCGCAAUGCCCUAAUAAGUACACAAUGAUCUUAAAAGAGGAUGGAGAAAUUGAAACAGAGGGUGAAUCUGAUGAUGACUCUAUGCCACCAUUGGAAGAUGCUGAUGAUGGCAUGGAAUAUGCUGUUGAUGGAGAACUACUUGUCAUCAGGAGAGUAACACAUGAUGGCUUCAAAAAUCGCUAUUCGUUCAUCAUGGAAGGGAAAACAAUUACUCUUGCACCAUUGAGUCCCAAGCAGGUUUAUGAGGAUCAACUGAGAGUAAAAAACGAGAGUGAGCUGAAAAAUGAGAGUGAACUUGAGGGUAUUGGCAUUGGUGCUGUUUUGAUGCAAGGGCGGCGACCUAUUGCAUUUUUUAGUGAAAAAUUGACUGGUGCAGCACUUAACUAUCCUACUUAUGACAAGGAGAUGUAUGCAUUGGUAAGAGCUUUAGAGACAUGGCAGCAUUAUCUUUGGCCUAAGGAGUUCGUGAUACAUACUGAUCAUGAGUCAUUGAAGCACCUGAAGGGACAAGGUGACGAUUUGAGGACAAAUCCUUUUGAGGAGAGAAGGAAUGAUGGGAAUCAAGACGACAGCAUAUCUACUACGUCAUGUGAUCCAUUACACACCCAAGGAGGUCUAGUCACGCGAGCUAGAGCUAAGAAGAUGCGCGAAGUUUUAAAUGGCCUUAUUGAGUAGAUCUGGGUUGAAAACAACAUACAACAAGCAAAUCGAAGCUUGGAUGAUUAUCAAGGCAUGGUAAAUAUCAUUCAGGUUCAAGAGAAGCUUAGUUGAGGUCAUUUGCACAUAAUUACACAAUUUGCGUAAAAAUCGCACAAUUCUGCCGCAAUUUGUAAUAGACUGAUAUUUUGUGU